AUGGCUGUAAAAAAGAAAGAAACUCUCCAUUAUUUGGCUAUGAGUUCUUCUACAACAGCAGUUGAUGCAGCAAGAUGUUUAUUAGGUUAGUUUUUGAUUGUCAGAAAAUACAUCAAGCUUAUUAAUAUAAUUCAGAAAAUGGUGCAAAUGUGAGUUCAAUCGAUAAAGAUGGACUGACUCCACUUCAUUAUGCUUGUGCUCAUGAUAAUGUUGCAAUGUGUCAACUUUUACUGACAUUUGGGGCAGAUCCGAGAUUUUGUGAUAAACUUGGUCGAACACCAAUAAGUGUUGCAAAAGGGAAUACUUUGAGAUUUCUUCGACGAUUUCAAAAACGAGAUAAUAAUCAAAGAGUUGGAAUAUUUCGACGAUUUUUUGCUUGUCACAAUCCACCAAAUGACACUUUUUUUAUUCGAAGACCAAAUGGAAGAAGUGAAAUUGGAGGAGGAAGAAAUGAAAAUAUCGAACAAGACAAUUCAUUUAAUCGAGGAAAUGCGAUAAGUCGAAGUUAUAGACAAGCCAAAAAGAAAAUUAGAGCAACUUUGGGUGUUUUCACAAGAAGAAAUAGUUCGGUUGAGGUAAGAGCAUAAAUUUACAUUUGAAUUUAGAAAAAUUCUAUUUUUAUAGCUUCAAGAUACUGUAAUGACAUCAGAAGGAAUUAGAACAAUAAACACUCCAACGCGCAUUGAAAAACGGGCGAAAUUGACAAAAAAGAAAAGUUUAUCACUGGAUAAUUUGAAUACACCAAAAGUUACUAAUAAUAAUAUAAAUCAAAGACAGAAAGUUGCUGCAAAUACAGGAUCAACACAACGAAAAAGAUCGAGAAGUCAAGAUGAAACAUGGAAAACUCCAAGAAGAAAACAAGUUACACCAACUGCUCCACCAAUUGAAAUGUAUAAAUCGACUAGUGAAGAAGAAGAAGAUGACGAUAAGAAUGGAGAAAAGAGAAUACUCAAAAAACAGAAACGGAAAACAAGUGGUAAGGAUUUUUUUUUGAAUGUUGUUGUUUGUUUUUUGAAGUUUCAUUCUAUAGAGUCAAAAAUCAUGCAUUUUUAAAAAAUGAUCUGAAUUUUUUGAGUUUUUAAACAAAAAGAGUAGAUUUGUGAGAAAAAUGUUUCUUUCAUCCUAUUUAGAAUUUCGGAAAAUGUUGAUUUUAGGUCAUAACACUACCGCAUAUUUCACUGCUGAUGAAUCCCUUGAAUUGAUAAUUGAAUCAAAAAUGUCGAAAAUGACGAUAUCCGAACCAAAUACACCAACUUAUGUUGAUGAUGGAGAAAUGAGAAAAAUCAAAAGAAUGAGAGAUGCUGAAUUACGAAAAGAAUUGAAAAAAUAUGGAAUAUCUCCAGCUGGACAAUUUGAUAUCAGAACUCGGCGACUUUAUGAGAAAAAAUUAUUGUCGGAGAAAACCAGAAUUUUUGAAAGAGGAUAUUCACCAGAUCAGGAUAUUAGUAAAAUUGUGAGUUUCGAAUAAAUUAUUGGGAAAAUUUGAAUUAAAAAAUAUUUCAGAAAUAUUCUCCACAAUUAGAAUUAGUGUUGAAAAAUGGUGUGAUUCCGGAUCAUUUUAUAGCAAGAACAAGGAAAUAUGAUGAAAAAAUAAGAGAGGAAUUCAGGUUUGUUUUGAUUUUCUGAAAGAUUUGAAUUUUUUGAAGCCGGAAAAUAUUGCAAAAAUUAAUUCUGUUUGAAUUUAUAUUUUUCUAAAAUUUUGAUUAUUCUGCCUUUUUGAAAGCUUUUUGGCAAAAUUGACCUGAUCGUCAUAUUUUUCUGCAGAAAUGUUCAUUCAAUUUUUCAAAAGACUCCCUUGUAAAACACUUUUUUCCAGUGUUGAUGGUUUCGGGUACACGGCAUUUUGUUAUUUAAUUCUUGAUCCACGAAUAACUGGAGACAACGUUGAUAAAUUGACAUUCAAAAUGUUUGUUGAAUCGAUUUUUUAUGUUGGAAAAGGCUCGAAAAAUCGACCAUUGGCUCAUUUUAUUGAUGCACGGAAUGCGAGAAAAAGAAAAACCCGAAACUUUAGUAAGUUUAAUUAUUUUUAAUAAUCUUGAAAUUGAGUUUUCCUCGUUUUUGUAGAAAACCAAUGAAAAACUUCGAAAAAUCGAUGAAUUAUGGAGUCUUGGUCUUGCAAUUCCACGACAUGAAAUAUCUCAUGGAAUUAGUGAUGAAGAAGCUUAUGUUAGAGAAGCUUGUAUUAUUGAAGCAAUUAAAUUGAAUAAUUUGAGCAAUAAAAAGGUAUAGUUGAUUUCUUUGAAAAUAUUCAAAAAAUAAUAUUUUAAUAAUUUCAGGCUGGGGAAUUUCAUGGAGUUUCAAAGAAUUGGGACAACAUCACUCGCUCCGAAUAUGGUGUUUUUCUUUUAAAUACGUAAGUUGACAGGGAAAAAUUUUUUUUUUUAAAUGAAUCUGUUGUUUUCACAAAAAAAGUUAAUUUUUUAAAAUUUAAUUUCCAAAAAAAAAUUUUUUGCUGAAAAUUCUGAAAAUAAUUUUUAUAAAAAAUUGAAUUCCUAAAUGUUUGAUUUCUUCUUCCAAAACAAUUUCAUAUUUGAAAUUUCAAAAAUACCAAUUUUGUAAUCUUUAAACUUACAGAGCAUUAUCAACUCUGAAAGCCGAAGGAUUUCGGUAUGUUUCGGAGAAUAAACUACCUGAACAAUUGUAUCCAUAUGUUAAUAAUAAUCGAAGGACUCCAAGAACUCCCAAAUAG